AUGUCUUUUACUAAGAAAGAAAUCACUCAAAACGAAAAAAAUGCUCUCCAAAAACCAAACAGUGGCUUUUUAGAAUCACUGGCCGGAAUGAUGCCGAUUUUAACCUUGACUUUUGAACAGUUUACGGGCCAAACUAUCCCACCUAUGAAAGGCACCUUGGCGGAUAUGGCGGCCGCUUUACUCCAAAUCCAACAAACCCAGCAAACUAUUUUACAAAAGAUUACGGAUUUAGAAAAAAAUUGUGCCGAACAAUUUAUCCACCAAGAACAGCAAUUAACUUCUUUACAAAAGCAAUUAAAGACUGAAUUAGCCGAAAUAAAAAGCCUUUUACAAGAAAUUAAACAAAUAUUAGAAAAAAAUGCUAAAAGAUAA